AUGGAGACCAUCUCGCGGAUCUCGUCGAUGCUGGAAACAGCUCGCGAGCUCACGCUUGAAGCCGCUCAGUCCGCCAGUUCAGUCAGAAGCUUGAGACCGUCCUCCUACGCCCCCCGCACUGCUUCGGCGUCGCAGAUCAAGAAGCUGCUGGAUAGCAGGAAUGACAGAGACAUAUUAGACGGCCUGCGCAAGGUCAUUUCGUUGAUGUACAGGGCCGAACCGUGUCUACCUUUCUUCUCCGCUGUCGUCAAGAAUGUUGCCAAUCCGAAUAUCGAAGUCAAGAAGCUGGUGUACAUAUACCUCUUGCACCAUGCAGAGGCGGAACCGGACCUCGCUUUGCUAUCUAUUAACGCUAUCCAGAAGUCCCUGACGGACCAGAACCCUCAAGUCCGCUCCCUAGCACUACGGACUAUGUCAGGAAUAAAAGUACCGGUUAUCAGCCAGAUUGUCUCCCUGGCUAUCAAACGGGGAUGCGGUGACAUGAGCCCUCAUGUCCGGAAGGCUGCUGCCUUAGCUAUCCCGAAGUGCUACCGGCUUGAUCCAGGGACCCUGCCGCAGCUUAUUGACUAUCUUUCCAUUCUACUCGGGGAUAAUCAGUACUUCGUUGUUGGGCCGGCCGUUGCUGCAUUCUUGGAAAUAUGCCCGGAGAAGAUUGAACUUAUUCACGAGCACUACCGGAGUCUUGUGAAGAAGCUUGUUGAUAUGGACGAGUGGAGCCAACUGGUCACCUUGAGGCUUAUGGUCGUUUACGCCAGGAAAUGCUUUCCUAGAAGGACGCAGAAGGUAAAAAAGUCUAACCCAAAGGGGUUCUAUGACGAAGACAACGAGGAAGAUACCCAAGACAAUGACCUAGGCGAAGAAGAAGUUGAUAUCGUUGAUCCAGACCUGGACUUGCUCCUGAAGGCUUGUAAGCCAUUACUUCAGAGCCGGAAUUCAGCCGUAAUUGUAGCCGUUGUCCGCUGCUUUCGGUACCUGGGAACGAUAGAACAUUUGGAGUCGGCCACUGGAUCAUUGAUUGCUUUGCUUCGCAGCCCUCAGGACCUGCAACAUGUCGCACUUUAUAACAUCAUCUCCGUUGCCCUCGUGUCACCCAAGCCAUUUGUGAAGUAUGCGUCGCAUUUCCUUGUUAGGUCUACCGAUUUACCUCACAUUUGGCGUUUGAAACUGGAAAUAUUAACUAUGCUAUUCUCUCGCUGUGGAAACCACUUCAAAGGUGUUAUUCUCAGUGAGCUGGAACAUUUUUCGAACGGAUCAGACCACGAUCUAGUCCGUGAGAGCGUUCGUGCCAUUGGAAGAUGUGCCGAAGCCCAUAGUGGCUCAUCCACGCGUUGCCUCCGACUUCUCCUCCGCCAAAUCUCCAGUGCUGAUGACGUUCUGGUUUCGGAGGCCGUAACGGUUAUCAGGCAUCUCAUCCAGCAGGAUACUGCAGCCCAUAAAGGCACUGUUGUUAUGCUUGGGAACCACCUUGAGACAACAAGCAGCCCUGGUGCCAGAGCAAGUAUCAUAUGGCUCGUUGGAGAGUUUGCUGGGAUCGAUCCUCAUAACAACAUUGCGCCGGAUGUACUGCGUCUGUUAGCAAAGGGCUUUGCAGAUGAAUCAGAAACAGCCAAACAGCAGAUAUUGUUAUUGGGAGCAAAGGUGUAUCUGCAUCAUCUGCUCAAUUCGCCUCCAACCUCAAAUGAUCCCAAGAGCCCAUCGGAACAUGACAAGGAAGAUAGCCAUGAGUUUGACGCCGAUGACCAAGGUUCGUCACCAAAGGAAGAAGACUCCAUCACCACGCUAUGGAGGUACAUUCUACUACUUGCCCGGUACGAUACUUCAUAUGACCUCCGCGACCGAGCUCGUCUAUACAAAUCCCUCCUUGCCGUGCCCAGCUCGACCCAGCUCGCCAGUCUUUUACUUCUAGCACCCAAGCCGAUCCCUCACACGUCCACGCCAUCAGAAACAAGGAAAAAUCUCCUCAUUGGUUCGUCAACUCUGGUAAUAGGGCCAGAAGCGGGCAUGUAUGGCCUAAGGGGCUACGAAGACCUUCCAGAUUGGGUAGAAGCAGGACACGAGCCGGAUCCAAAGCUCCGAGAUGAUGACUCCGGUAAACCCGGUGUAUACGGCGAAAAGAUCAGUACUACGGCUGGCGAACGACUUGAUAAAGCGCUUCAGGAGCAUAACGUUGUAUCUGGAAAGGCGAAUAUCAAUGGUAAAAUAGGCAAUGUCCCGAAGAAUAUGUCCCUUGAUGACUGGCUAGCGGAGGAGGAAGAGGACGAAGAGGAAUAUGAGGAAGAUGAAGAGGGCGAGACUGAAGAGGAGACUGAGGAAGAGGAAGACGAUGAAGAAGAGGAAGGGGAAACCGAAUAUGAGACUGAUGAGUCUGGAGAGGACGAAGAAGAAGAGCCGGAUCAGCAGCAUGCUCAGCCGGAAGCUGAAUCCGCAAAACUACUAAAGUAA